AUGGAAGGCCGAAGCAGCCAGGGGCGCGCGGCAAGGUAUGGGGAGGGAGGGGGGAGGGGGCCAGGCCAGAGAAACGAGAAUCCCGAGGCGCGGCGGGAUAGGGGACUCGAAGCCCGGGGGUGGGGGGCUGGGGGUGAGUGGGCGGAAGAAAACCCGGGCUCGGGGCGGGGGGCCGCGGCGGGGCUCGGGCCACCUCAGAAGUCGAUGGGGGUCCCAGCGCGUGGCCUGUCCUUCGCCGAGCUAGGAACGCGGCACAGACGAUGGCGGCGGCGCCGGCGGAGAUUUGGGCUCCGCCUGGGCCCCCCGAAGGGGUCGAGGCGGAGAGGCGGGAGGGGGCGUGUCUCCGCAGGCCUGGAGGCCGCAGGGGGCGUGGCGCGCGGGCCCGAGCGCCCGGGGGGCCGUCAGCGCCCCGCCCGCGCGCAGAUCCGCGGCCUCCCGGGCCCGGCAGGGCGGGGCCCGUCCCCCACCCGCGGCGCCGCCCGCCAGCCUCUGGGAGCCCCGCCGCCCGCCCGCUCCGAGCCGCCGCUCAUUUCCGCCCCGCCCAGCCCGGCGGAACACUGGGGGCCCCAGGGGAGCGCCGGGGCGGAGCCGCCGGUGCCACCUCGGCGACGCACGGCGCCUCCUCUCCGGCGCCGCCCUUUCCUCUUCCUUUUGGUCCCCCUCCUCCUACCACCGGAAGUACCUGCCCCCUAA